UCGCCCAGGACCAAAUUCGCCUCGGUUUCCAGCGCUGGGCGUCGGGUCAAGUUUUUUGGGCGAAUCCCCCCCUCCGCUGCUCCUCCUCCCUCCCCCCGCAGCUGGUUUCCGGUGGGGCCGCGGCGGGGCUCGGCUUGGAGAUUGGCAGGUCUCCUAAGAUGGCGGACGCAGGCGACGGAGCCGGAGGGAUGGCUGGAGCGGCAGGCGCUGCCCCCGCUGCGAAACCCUCGGAGUUGGCCAGGUGGUGGGACGAGAAGCUUGACUUUCAUACUGCCUUUCUUCAGCAUCUGGCAAAAGUUGUUCCGGACAUUUAUUUUGAUGAAAUGGAUCCCUUGCCAGAAAAGGAGGAAGAAAUAGCUCAGAUGACCAUACUUUACCCUCUGGAGUGGUAUCUGUUCGGUGAAGAUCCAGAUAUCUGUCUAGAGAAGCUACGGCAGAGUGGCACUCCUCAGCUCUGUGGAAAGGUGUUCAAAGGUGGAGAGACAACAUAUUCAUGCAGAGACUGUGCAAUUGAUCCAACUUGUGUACUCUGCAUGGAUUGUUUCCAGAACAGCAUUCACAAAAACCACCGUUACAAGAUGCACACUUCUACGGGAGGAGGUUUUUGUGAUUGUGGAGAUACAGAAGCAUGGAAGACUGGACCACUGUGUACAAAUCAUGAGCCUGGAGCAGCAGGAAGCACGGAAGAGAACGUGGAAUGCCAGUUGAAUGAAGAGCUAAUAGCGCAAGCAAGAAAAAUGUUCCCUUCAGUGAUAAAAUAUAUUGUAGAUAUGACUGUUUGGGAGGAUGAGAAGGAGCUGCCUCCAGAGCUUAUAACGAGAGAGAAGCUGGACAAAUACUACUGUGUCCUUUUCAAUGAUGAACAUCAUUCUUAUGACCAUGUUAUCUAUAGCCUACAAAGAACUCUUGGCUGUGAGCUCGGAGAAGCCCAGAUAUAUACUGCUGCUAUAGAUAAAGAGGGCCGGAAGGCUGUCAAGGCAGGAUCGUAUGCUGUUUGCCAGGAAGCAAAAGAAGAGAUUAAGAAACAUUCGAACAACGUUUCCCAAGGUCCCCUAAAUGUUAAGGUUCUUCAUGCUGAUAUUAUGGCUCACCAGAAAUUUGCUCUGCGUCUUGGUUCCUGGUUAAACAAACUUAUGAGCUACUCAAGUGACUUUCGUCAGAUCUUUUGUCAAAUAUGUCUAAAAGAAGAAAUUGAUUCAGAGAAACCUUGUCUUAUAAGCACAUUGAUGCUUUGGGAUGCAAAACUUUACAAAGGAGCCAGGAAGAUCUUGCAUGAACUAAUCUUCAGCAGUUUUUUCAUGGAAAUGGAGUACAAAAAAAGGUUUGCCAUGGAAUUUGUUAAGCAUUACAAAAAACUACAGAGUGAAUACAUCAGUGAUGAUCAUGAAAGGCAAAUUUCUGUAACAGCACUUUCAGUUCAGAUGUUCACCGUUCCUACAUUGGCCCGCCACCUCAUUGAAGAGCAAAAUGUAAUCUCUGUCAUAACAGAGACGCUGCUUGAAGAGCUCCCCAAAUAUCUGGAUAAAAAUGGCAAAUUCAACUUCCAGGAUUACAGCCAAGAGAAAAUGGGUCGAGUAUAUGCAGUCAUAUAUGACCUCAAGUAUAUUUUAAUCAGUAAGCCUACAGUGUGGACAGACAAACUGCGAGAGCAGUUUUUGGAAGGGUUCCGUUCUUUCCUGAAGAUUCUUAUUUGCAUGCAGGGCAUGGAGGAAAUAAAAAGGCAAGUUGGCCAGCACAUUGAGGUGGAUCCAGAUUGGGAAGCAGCCAUUGUCAUCCAGAUGCAACUGAAGAUUAUUCUCCUGAUGUUUCAGGAGUGGUGCGCCUGCGACGAAGCACUGUUGGUGACUGCUUACAAAGAAUGCCAUGCAACAGUAUUGAGAUGUAGUGCAAGUAAUUAUUCAUGGGACAAGACAGUGAUUCAUUUAUGUGGCCAUACUUUGGAAAGCAAGCGCUUCAGGGUGUCUGCAGAUCCUGUCAGCAUACAUCUACCAUUGUCCAGGAUGCUUGCUGGUCUGCACAUACAGUUGAGCAAAACAGAUGUAAUCUCCAGACUCCAAGAAUUCAUAACAUCUGAAGAAUUCCAGGUGCAGAUGUUGGUGGAAUAUCCUUUGCGUUGUCUAGUAUUGGUUGCUCAGGUUGCUGCCGAAAUGUGGAGAAGGAACGGGCUGUCUCUGAUAAGCCAGAUGUUUUAUUAUCAGGAUGUUAAAUGUCGAGAAGAAAUGUAUGAUAAGGAUAUAAUUUUCCUUCAGAUUGGGGCAGCCCUUAUGGAUCCAAACAGUUUCCUCUUGCUUGUACUCCAACGAUAUGAACUGCUUGAUGCCUUUAAGAGAAUUGUGCCAACCAAAGACCAGGAUUUGAAUAAGCAGUGUAACACAUUAAUAGAAGAGAUGCUUCAAGUUCUUAUCUACGUGGUGGGGGAAAGAUAUGUGCCAGGAGUCAGUAAUGUGACAAAAGAUGACGUUACUAUGCGAGAAAUUAUUCAUCUGCUUUGCAUUGAACCAAUGGCUCACAGUGCUAUCGCAAAAUCUUUGCCCAAGGAUGAAAACAAUGAGACUGGUUUGGAGAAGGUCAUCCACAAAGUGGCCAUAUUCAAGAAACCAGGCGUAUCAGGCCAUGGAGUAUAUGAACUGAAGGAAGAAUGCCGCAGAGAGUACAAUAUAUUCUUCUACCAUUACACCAAAACACAGCGCAGCAAGGCUGAUGCAUAAUGGAAAAGAAAAGAAAAGUGCCAAGAAAACAGAGAUGAAGCACUGCCACCGCCUCCUCCGCCUGAAUUCAGUGCUGCUUUCAGAAAUGUGGUGAACGUUCUAAAUUCUGAUGUCAUGAUGCAUAUUCUCAGAACUGUGUUGCAAAGAGCACUAGAGCUAGAAAGCCACUUGUGGACAGAAGCCAUGAUCCAGAUGGUUCUUCACCUUCUUGCUUUGGGUCUACUUGAAGAAAAGCAGCAGUUAGAGAAGGUUCCAGAGGAAGAAGUGGCCUUUGACUUCUACCACAAAGCAUCAAGAAUGGGAAGCUCUGCUUUGAAUGCAAUGAACAUACUAAUGAUUUUGGAAAAACUAAAAGGAAUUCAACCUUUGGAAUCGCAAAAAGACAUGAUCAACUGGGUAUUACAGAUGUUUGACACAAUAAAACGGCUGAGAGAGAAGUCAUCUUUUCCCACAGCUGCCGUUGCGUCUGGGCCAGAAUCUGCAAAAGCCAAUGAGAUGCAAAGAACUCAGGACAAGGAAAAGGCCGAGAGGAAGAGAAAGGCCGAAGCAGCCAGACUUCAUCGCCAGAAGAUCAUGGCCCAGAUGUCUGCUUUGCAGAAGAACUUCAUUGAAACUCACAAGCUCUUAUAUGAAAAUACUCAAGAAACACAGGGAAGGGAUGUUAUGGAAGAGGAGAGCCCACCAAUUAUAGAUUAUACCAGAAUUGCCUUGGGACCCAAGCAAGGGCCAUCUGUUGCAGAAAAGGAAGUGCUGACAUGUAUUCUGUGUCAGGAAGAGCAGGAAGUGAGGUUAGAGUGUGCUGCCAUGGUUUUAUCUGCCUGUGUCCAGAGAUCCACUGCCUUAACCCAACAUAGAGGGAAAAUGCUUGAACUUUCUGGGGAUAAAAUAGAUCCUCUUUUCAUGGAUCCUGACUUGUCAUGUGGAACUCAUACAGGAAGUUGUGGUCAUGUGAUGCAUGCUGCCUGCUGGCAGAAGUACUUUGAAGCCAUACAGUUAAACUCUCGGCAGCGACACCAUGUCGAACAAGUUUUUGACUUGGAGAAUGGAGAGUACCUCUGCCCACUUUGCAAAUCUCUGUGCAACACUGUGAUACCCAUUCUUCCUUUGCAAACACACAAGAUAAACAGUGAGGAUGCCGAGGUGGUGGUUCAGCUUCUAUCUUUGAAAAAAUGGAUAGAGAUUGUUAUGGCCAGGAUAUCUGGUUACAACAAGAAAAACACUGAAGGAAAACAGAUUGCUCCAUCUUUACGUGACAUAGAAAUGGAAGAGACUUCAUCUGAUUUCCAUUCCAUUCUUAGCUUUGGAGUAGAUCCUUUAGUUAAGUAUUCUAAUAGUAUCAAGGAGAUGGUGGUUCUAUUUGCCACUGCAAUUUACAGAAUUGGAUUAAAAGUUGCACCCAAUGAAACUGAUCCACGCAUUCCUAUGAUGACUUGGAGCACAUGUGCGUUUACUAUCCAGUGUUUAGAGAAUCUUCUAGAAGAUGAGGGCAAGCCUUUAUUUGGUUCUCUGCAAAACCGUCAGCACAGUGGUCUUAAAGCAUUGCUGCAGUUUGCAGUUGCUCAGAGGAUUACAUUGCCACAAAGCCUGAUCCAGCAACAUCUUGUACGUCUUCUAGGAGUUCUUCUGCCCAGCUUAAAAGCGGAAGACACACCAUCCCUUCUAGACGUGGAUCUGUUUCAUGUUUUGGUUGGUGCUGUGUUAUCAUUUCCAUCUUUGUAUUGGGAGGAUACUGUGGACUUACAACCUUCAUCCAUCAGCUCUGCCUGUAACAAUCUCUACCUCUUCCACUUGGUCACUAUGGCACACAUAACCCAAAUUAUUCUCACUACAACUACAGAGUGCCUGUCUGCACAAGUACAGCAUGACAGUGAGGAAGCACGAGCAGCUGAUUCUUUCUGUAAAGAAAUUUGCAGGUACACAAGUGGUUGUUAUAGCCAAACAGUUGCAGGCUGGUAUUUGUGGGAUUGCAUUAAGAAGGGCAUCAUGCCCUACCUCCGUUGUGCUGCUUUGUUUUUCCACUAUUUGCUGGGAGUGCCUCCACCAGAAGAACUUUCAUCGGUUUCAGAAGAAGGCCAAUUCAAGGCUCUUUGUGGAUACUUGUCUCUACCCACCAAUCUGUUCUUGCUUUUCCAAGAAUAUUGGGAUACUAUAGAGCCCUUGCUCCAGAGGUGGUGUGCGGAUCCUGCUGUACUCAGCUUUCUGAAGGGGAAAAGUAUUGGAAUAAGGUACCCAAGAAAAAGAAAUAAAUUGGUAGAGCUUCCAGAAGACUACAGUUGCCUUCUCAAUAAAGGCUCUCAGUUUAGAUGCCCUCGAUCCUCUGAUGAUGAAACCAAACACCCCGUGUUGUGCUUGUUCUGUGGGGCUAUGCUAUGCUCUGAAAAUACCUGCUGUCAGGAGCUGGUGAAUGGGGAGGAGCUGGGAGCCUGCACUUCACAUGCUGUCCACUGUGGUGCUGGAGUGUGCAUUUUUCUCAAAAUCAGGGACUGCAAAGUUAUCUUAAUAGGAGGGAAAACCAGAGGCUCUUUCUAUCCUGCACCAUAUCUAGAUGAAUAUGGAGAAACAGACCCAAAUCUGGCGCGAGGCAAUCCUCUGCAUUUGUGUCAUGAAAGGUACAGGAAACUCCACUUGCUCUGGCAGCAACACUGCAUCAUAGAAGAGAUUGCUCGAAGCCAGGAAACUAAUCAGAUCUUCUUUGGAUUUAACUGGCACCUGCUCUGAGUGUCAGAUUCUUCUAGUUUACUACGACUGAGUCUCUUUAAAAUUUGCACAUGAAAUAAUAAGAUGCUUAUUUUAAGGAGAAAUCCCUAGCCCACUAAAGUAAACAGUUUUUGGUGGGUCAACUUUGCUUAGAGAAAUAUGCAUGCACACAACCUCUCAGUGUGAUUACUGACUGAUCAGAACCAGAAAUUGCUGGGUUCUGUAGAAGCGGGUUGGUCAGUGGAUGUCUUUGGGGAAUUACUUUUCCGCCGGAGUCUGCUUUUCAUAGGACUAAUUUAGGUGCUUCAAUUUUCCGCCUGUCAUCUUUCGAUGAGAGGAUCAGAUAAUAUUUCCCUUCAUGUAUAUCAGCAGCAGUUCAGAAUAGAGCUGCUAUUACUUAAAUGGCUCCAGUGCAUCUGAAUAUGAGAACAAUGUACUUAAACCUAUUUAAUCCUUCCUCCCACAACUCUGCAUCUGGCUUCCUCCUCCAGCUUAGCAACACUCAGAGUAGCCACACCCUGUGACUGGCGUGGUCUGUGACUUCUUCUUAGGGGAAGUAGUGUUACCAGGCAUCUAGUAAUCCAUAGGAACAGUGUGAGGAUGGAGCAGCGCAGGUAAAAAGUGCACAGAGGGGGAUUUUAGAAGUUACUGAAAAUGCUUUGAGGCUUGUGAGCACCCGUUCACUCAUUAAGUCACCACAAAAGCUUCCAGUUAGCUUUAAUGCAUCAGAAAGUCAAGGUUUUGCUUUUGGCAUAGCCAGAUGAGCACCUUGUAGCUGUAGUUGUUGUGCUCUCCAGCAUUGCAGCCCAGGAAUUUGGCUACCUGUUGCCAUGGGUAGCCAGAUGUUGCCCAUAGCAAUCUUUCUUACUGUGGACCAUCAUAGGCCCCAGACUGCAGCAAAAGAAGCCAUUUAAAUGAGCACCUGCUCUCAAGCAGCUACUAACACCACCUUAGAGGUUAAUAGGAACAAUAAAAUAAAAAUGGAAAUUAGUUCAGUGUAUGUACAAAGGGCUUUUCAUUCAGUUUUAUGUUUUUGGUUCUGUGGGAGACUUCAGUGACUGCAUGUUGUCUGGUUUCAUCAUGCUGAUUCCACAAACAAGUUGUUUUCAGUAGCUCUCAAGGGUGCCCCAUUUAUAGAAGUUGAUAUUGAAAUGUUGUAGUCACAUCUUCCUUGUAUAUUGAUUAUAGCCAUAACUAUGUCAGAGGGACAUAGUGAUGAGAGAGGAAAAACUUUCCCAAUAAGCCUUUUGUAACUAUCCCCUUCAAGGAAUCAUCCCUUUUUUGUCUUAAAAGUUAAAUUAUCCUGAUGGUGCAUUUUAUUUGUGUACUCUAGCCUUCCUACUUUCUUUUUGGAGUCUUUUGUGUAUAUUUAAGAUUUUAAGAGUGAGGAUAAGAAAAUGUGUGGGUUUGUGUGUGAGAAAAUAAAUGUUCUGAGUAUUUGGGAAAAACCCCGUCUCCAUUUGGCAAAGAAAGAAGACAUGACAGACAGUGAAAUCCAAAGAUAGGAUUUCACGUUUCAUAUUGUAUAAAUCCUAAUUAGUGCACUGAUGAGUUAUCACUGUUCAUAGGAUAGUGGGUGGUGGAGCCAAGGAAGCCACACUUACCUGAUAUCCUGGCAGUAGAGUCUAUGCUGCCUCCCCAGGAGUGGGAGGGGCAAGGCAACACGGAGGUCAGCGCUGUGCAAAUGCACUGGCAGAGCCACUAUGGCAUAUACACAGCACUGAUUUUCCUGUUGCCUUGCCCUUCCCAAUUUCCCUCCUGGUCAGCAGCAGAGACUUCACUGCCGAGUGGUAAAGUAAGCACCACUGCUCCGCCCCACUGUCUGCUUCUGAACUACAGUGAAUUAUACUUUUUAAUUACGUUUUGGUACCUAGAUAAUUUCUUCAAAAUCUUUGUUUGCUUAUCCACUUAAGUUUCCUUGUGCAUUUCAAAUAGUGUCUAGAAUAUUGCCAUGAAGAUUUUGUUGUUUUCUUGGAUAGUUUUCUGGGUAUUAAAAACUCUGCACAUAAACAUCAUUUUGGAAAAUUCCAAACAGAGGGGGAAACAGUCGUUGCAAAAACAUGUGUGCUGAGCUUACUGCAAAAUGUUCCAGAAGCACUGCAUGGUAAGAAGAGAUUAGAUAGUGUUCAUGGUGUCUUGGUCAUGUUCACUCUACUGUGAUACGUUUUGAUUAUAUACCCAUUUGCUCAUACUAUUAUACUUUGGAUUUAAAAGGGGAACUAUGCUUGGACUUGCCUUGCCACUGGAGAUUUAGCAUGUCCUCAGUGGUAGCUCUGUGUUAGUGCAGGCGGAUCUCACCCUGAUUUGGACAUCCUGCUCUAUUUUUCUGGGGUGGGUGGUUCUCACACAUGGAAGAAUCACUUCUCUUCUCCCAAUCAAAAAUAGUGAUGUAGGAAGAUCCCUCAUUCAGCAUGGUAACUGCAAAGAGAGGCUUGUAAACAGAUGCCUGAUGAGGAGAAUGUGAGAGCUAAUUUCACUGCGAAGUUCUCAAACAAUGGAUUGGUUCUUGAAAACAAUGAGCAUGGUUCAGGCAGCACCUGAAUUCCAUUGGUUCAGUUAGAAAGUUAGGUGCAGUCUUGAUUUUGAAAUAGGAAAUAACACUUUAAAAUGCUUAACACUGGCUGGAUUGUACUCAGCAAGAUUAAUUUUUAAUUCAGUUGCAUGUGAACACUGCUUUUUGCUGAAUUCAACAGUGAACAACCACAGCAGCUAGAGGUGAACAUCCCUAGUCCCUUAAAGGAAGCUAAACGUUCACCCAUAAGCAGAGGGUAGAGGAACGUAGGAGAUCCAAAAUGUGUGACUCCUUUUCUUGCUGAUCAACCAGUAACUAGGAUUCUCGCUUUCUUGAAUGGGUGGGUCCUGUGCAGUCAAGCCCUGCUGUCUGAUCAGAUUGAGGAAUAAUGCAGGCAGUUGAUGUUUGUGUGCAGUUUCCUACCCAGCUAAGGAUACACAUAUAGGAAUAUAGCUGAACAGUGUUUACUCCAGUGAUCAGGUUUUUUGUUCCGUUUACUCUGAUUUUUUUUAAUAACCUGACUUGAGAAAAAUCAGAGGCAAAAUGAACAAACUAACUUCUGUUCUUAUGUGUUUUUACUUUUCUAGCAAAUAAGCUCAUGCACAGAUGAGAGUGAAUGGUCAUUUUUAGUUUCAUUAAUUACUAUGCAGUUUAUCUCACUGUGAGGAUUAUUUGUAUUUAGUGAACACACAGUGCUAAUGCCACUGACAGGAAUCAUAAGGAAGAUGAAUGGAAUUUUAUUUACAUACAUGCAUAUAUUGUUAUCCUUUAAUUGCAAAAAUGUAAAUUUGAGCCUUGUAUAAUGUUCUUGUCCUUUUAAAAUAUCUUGUAUCUGUAUAUUUAAAAAGGAAAUAAAGUAACUUCUCAUA